ACCGGGUAUAUAACUGUCACUCUGUCACUAACCGGGUGGGGCUCGACACCGCGGGAAGGAGGCCACGCUUACGGCCUUUGCUCUUUCAGAAAACACCGAUUCGCGAAUUCGGCGACGCCGAGGCGGGAAGCACACCUAUUACGGCCUGCAUGUUUAGCUUCCACCUACGUGAACGAAAGACGUGAACGACGUGAACGAAAAAUCGGCACGCGCUACAACGAAACUGAAAUGGCGCGCAGCCACCAGUGUGUCCCCUGCACCAUGGGCAGCGGCGUCAGAUGCCUCUUGCUCGAGCACGAAGAUGCCAUUAACAAAGUGCUUCUAGGUGCCGGUUUAGAACUCUGCGAGGACACGCGACAUGCCGGUGGCGCCCGCCUGGCAUUGACUCAGAUUUCCACCUGCAACUACCCACUCUGGGAUCAACCGCACGACGCGGUGAAAAGCGCGGCGUUCAUGCUCGCCAAGGAUCUCCUCGCAUGUCAUCGCUGCUUCACUUCUUUGGAAGUAUACGCUUCCGCAUGCUGCACCCGCCACGUGCGAGAAGCCCUUGGCAACUGUCCCACCUUGAAGAGCUUGACUGUUUACUUUCCACAUCGCAACCCUCUGCGGGAUAACAAUCACGUUGACGUCGGCAAGCUCAUCGACUCUCUGGCAUCACUAGAAGAGCUGGUCUUCAAAACCGAGAGCCAUUUGCCCUACCCGACGGUUGAAAUUCUCGAUGGCCAACUUCUGGCACGCGCUCUCAUAGAUCUCACUACGCUUGAUGUGAAGGUUCUGAAACUGAAUCCAGAAUACGUGCCUCAGUUUGUCUGGGCACUCAUAGGAAACAGCACCAUAGCCGACCUAGCUGUAGGAGGCUGUGUGUACAAGGCUGGCCUCCACGGUGCGCCUGGGCAACUAUUUGCCUAUUACCUGAACAAGCGUGCCCCUACCCUGAAGAAGCUAACGCUGAGUGACGACUGUGUUUGCGAUAACAGAGUUCUCUGGCAGACCCUGAUCACUGCACUCUGCAGGGCGACCCCUUUGGAAGAACUCACUCUUGAAGUGUCCAUCGGAUGCGAAAUCUUCACUGAAGUGACCGCUCUCUUCGCCGAAGUCGUUCUUGGCUGCCCUACCCUACGACGCCUCCUACUACCUUGGCCAUCCCAACCUUACCGCGCCCAGUUCCUGAAUGGCUCCCCACUGCCAGGAUAUAAUGUGGCGCAGUGGCUAUUACCCUGGAGCAGGGUACUUCGGACGACUUCCACAUUGCACGAGUUGGGCCUCUAUUUGCCGGGCAUGGAAGAAGUGCACUGUCGCACUCUAUUACAAGAUGUCGCCAGCAACAUGACACUGAAGCAGUUGCUACUCCAGGAAGUGCCGCUAAUCGUGAGUAGCACGGGCAGGUCUGAUCUGGCGUUCCUCUGCAAAAGUAUUCAGGAAUUAAACCUCGGCAACCGCGUUUGCCUCAUGAACCUUUUUGUGACAUCUGAGAACGCGCUCAACAUAUAUAUACUGGCCUCCGCGGGGCUUUCCACCUUGAACUUCAAGAACCUCCGCUUCGAGUUGAGCGCCCAACGCGACCCGAAUCUUUUAAACGCAUGCUGCGAGGCACUCUCUCGCCGCGGCACCUUUACGUCAAUCCAGGUCUGCUGCGGGAUGAUUUCUCAGCCCGCGUUCCGCACCUUGUUGAAUUGGAUAGCGAAGUCUUCGACAUUGACGCACGUGGAAAUGGUGACCUGUGAUCCCGCAGUGACAACGAGUUCUUGUGGUGACUGCGCCCGAAUGUACGAUUUGGUGAUCUGGGCGCUGUCGAGGAACGGCAACAUUGCUAGAGUAAGGUUGGCUGGCUUCAAGUUAAGCCAGAAACACCUCCACAUGCUCAUUGACUGCGCCUGCACUCACCGGAACCUCCUCGGGAUCAUCCUGGCUCCACCUCGCAGGGAUGUCGACACGGGCAGCAAUGCGAACGACGCGGAGUCCGUGGCCGCCAUGAGGAGGCUGCAGGAGAUCAUGCGCCAGAACGCCGCUCGGUAAGGGUGGCGGCCAGGUUCGUCUUGGGCGAGGACAUCCGCAAGUGGGCAAGAGUCGUCGAACACCUGCACAACCGUCCUCGGUUGCUGAAACUUUUGCGGGAGCGAGCAUCGGUCACCGACGCCGAGGCCCAGGCCACGGCCCAGCGAGCCAUGGAGAGGGUGCGGGACUGCAGCCUUCCCGACUACAUGAGGCUCACCGGCGUGGUCAAGGAGAAAGUGGAGCGCCUUGACUCCGGCCCCAAAAGGGCCCACCUCUCGGACUUGCCAGCAGACUGCUGGCUCCGCGUACGCAGAGACCUGAAGAUAACACACAUUGCUAUUCCACGCAGUGUCUAAGUCCGCGACUGGCCCACUGGGCCUGUGAGCCUCCGUGAAAUCUGUUUUAAUGUAAAGACCUGCCCAUUACCCCAUUCCCUCCCCACCCGCAUGCCGUGAGAAAAAUUUUAACUACGCCACUGGCUGCCUAUACUGACCAACCUUCUUGGAAGCAGUGGUGUCCUUGGCUAAGUUGCAGGAGCGCGCGUGCCUAUACAACAAACGCCGCAUGCAUGCACUAACCGACGAAUGAAGGUAUUUUUAUGUACAGACAAUGGCAUCGUUAUAUUCUACUUUUUAGAGAAAUCGUACAAUAAAAUAUGUCAAGAGAAUGA